AUGGCCACUUCCCGCGAUGCGCUUAUCCCUCAGGCGGAUAGAAUGUUUGACGGUGCAACGCACAAGUUGGACGUAUGGAGUAUCUUCACCCCCAACAACCUCCCUCCAGAUACACUGAAUCUUGGUCAGGGAUUCAUGAACUGGGCUCCUCCCGAAUGGGUCAGAGAAGAACAACACAGGAUCAUGGACACCGAUGUCAUGUCGAAUCACUAUUCCCAAACCCGAGGCAGACCACGACUUCUGAAAGCGAUCAGCAAGCAAUACUCCAAGACGUUUGGGAAUCUUGUCAAGGAGGGCAGAGAAUUGACGAUGGAGGAGAUCGUUGUGACCGCGGGUGCAAACUGUGGCACCUUUGCCGCACUCGUCGCCCACAUCCAACCUGGAGAAGAAGUCAUCGUUAUCGAACCCUACUUUGACCAAUACUUUGCUUCCAUACAUUUCCAAGGUGGAAAACCCGUCAUGGUCCCUCUGCAUCCUCCGACUGGAUCGGGAGAGAAAACAGGCGCAGAUUGGACCCUGGACAUUGAAGAGUUCCGAGCGGCAUUCACGUCAAAGACAAAAGCAGUCAUCGUCAAUACGCCCCAUAAUCCUACUGGAAAAGUCUUCUCGCGUCAAGAACUGGAAGAGAUUGCAAAGAUCUGCGUGGAGAAGAAGGUCUUGGUUCUCUCCGAUGAGGUUUACGAUUGUCUCCUAUACGACGGCACAAAGCACGUGAGGAUCGCAGAGUUGCCAGGCAUGUGGGAGAGGACCUUGACCAUUGCAUCGGCUGGGAAGUCAUUUGCCUGUACUGGAUGGCGUGUAGGCUGGGUCAUUGGACCGCCUGCACUAUGUGCCGCCACGCUCGCUGCUCACUCCCGAAUCGUCUUCUGCACCAACACACCCCUCCAAGAGGCCGUAGCGUAUGCCUUGGAAACGGAGACUGAACACAACUUCUUCGCCGAUCAGCUCGCAGCAUACACUGAACGACGUGAUAUUCUUUGCGGAAUCUUUGACGAGAUUGGAUUGUCAUACACCAAGCCUCAGGGCGCAUACUACCUCAUGGUCGACUUCAGUCCAGUGAAGAUCCCGAAAGACUACGCUGUACCACCCACUUGUCAGGGAAGAGGAGAGGACUUCAAGAAGGCAUGGUGGUUGGCUCAGGAAAUCAAGGUCGCGUCCAUCCCCAUCUCCGAGUUCUACGCCGCAGAGCAUGCCAAUAUAGGGGAACGAUUCCUCCGAUUCUCCUUCUGCAAGGAUCCGCCUCUGCUCCGUGCCGCUGGCGAGAGGUUGCUCAAGUUGAAGGAGUACAUGAAAUAG